UUUUCUUUCGCAACAGAAACAACAAGAGAGAGAAGGAAGAGCUAGGGGAAAUCAAAAUGGCCAGCGUUCCUGUUGAACCUAUUGAACUGAAGAAGGAGAAGCUCCACCAGCUCGCCGACAUCGUUUACAGGAAAGAAGUGCUAGCCAUCUACGACAUCCAGUUCAAGUCUGAGCAUGAGCGCUCGAAAUACCUCUACGAUUGCUUGGACAACAAGACGAAAAUAGAGGAUAUGCUGAAAUCUGCCGACGAUGCCAAGAACGAGCACCUGUCUGACCAAGUGAAGGACCCCAUCGCUCACGACCUCUACCACUACUCGGUGAAAGGCGUCAACGUCGCCCUUCAGACGAUCAAGAACUACACAGUGCGUCAAGCGUAUCUGACGAAAAUCAAGGGCCACGCCGAAGAGCUUCUCUCUGUGCUGAAGACCCUUGGGCCACAGGACGUCGCAAAUGCUAGAGCGCUUGCUGAGACUGCAGCUUACUUCAAAGAUGCCACUGCGAACUUCUUUGAGAAGUCCCAGUCUUUCUACUCUUCCAAGACUUUCUCCAAGUUGGUCAAGGAGCGAGGCAUCAAAUUCCCGGACCUCAUCAGGGAGUACCAGGCAAGGCUUGGAUUCGAAGGAAAUUUCAAGGACCUCACGAACGCCCAAAAGUUGAAGGUGUACAAUGAAAUCAUUGGAGAGUCUGGGCGAGGAAAAAUUGUGCUUGAAGUGAUCGAUACAACACUAGCAGCCGCUGGCAUAGCCCUGCUUGUGUUCUCAAUGGGCACAAUGGUGUGGGACAUAUUUACGGCAGAACGUCCCCUCGAGGUGGCCACAAAGAAUGCAAUGACGCUGGCAGCUGGUUUGGGUGGUGCAGCCAUCGGGAGCGUUGUAAAAGCUGCAAUCCCGUCUUUAGUGGACGAAGUGGAGAUAAGCACUGUUUUUCUCGAGUGCGCUGGAUUCAUAACCAGCGUUGCUGGAGGAUUUAUCAUCACAGCGGUCGCGGGCCUGCUGCUUGAUUUGAUUUUUCACUCUGGAGGUGAAACCCCACCACCAAAUCUCACAGAUGGCCACAUCUGCUUUGUGGCACCUUUGCCCGAUGGCGCUGCUUUGGCUCAUGAACUUGUGCAUGGUAAUCCCAGUAACUAGAGCACAUGUGAUGUGCAUGUACGUGCAAGCAGGGGUGAUGCAUGAAAUAAAAAUAAAAAUAUAUAUAAUAAAUGUAUGGAAGUCGUCAAUAAACCUCCACAGGAUAUGUGAGGAGGAAUCUAAUGGGGGCAGUAUGAGCUUGUAUUAAUAUCAGUAACCCCACAGUUCAAUCACGUAGAUUUUAUGUGGAUUCUCUUCUAUGAUGGUUCGUUUCCCA